AUGCCCAUCCCCGUCCCCAAAGCCGACUCCCUCAAGGAACUCCUCUCCUUGAAGGGCAAAGUCGUCAUCGUAACCGGCGCCUCCGGCCCCAAAGGCAUGGGCAUCGAAGCCGCACGCGGCUGCGCCGAAAUGGGCGCCGACGUAGCAAUCACCUACUCCUCUCGCCCAGACGGCGGUGAGAAGAACGCCAAAGAGCUCUCCUCGGCCUACGGCAUCAAAUGCAAAGCCUACAAAUGCGACGUGGGCAACUACGACAGUGUCGCCGGCCUCGUCGCCGAGGUCAUCAAGGAGUUCGGCAAGAUCGACGCCUUUGUCGCGAACGCGGGCCGCACGGCUGACUCGGGGAUCUUGGAUGGAUCCGUCGAGAAGUGGAAUGAAGUCAUUCAGACGGAUCUCAAUGGCACGUUUCACUGCGCCAAAGCCGUGGGUCAUCACUUCAAGGAGAGAGGUACCGGGAGUUUUGUCAUCACGGCGUCGAUGUCGGGCCAUAUUGCGAAUUUUCCCCAGGAGCAGACGUCGUAUAAUGUGGCCAAGGCCGGGUGCAUCCAUAUGGCGCGCUCGCUGGCGAAUGAGUGGCGGGACUUUGCGCGCGUGAAUAGCAUCUCGCCGGGGUAUAUCGAUACGGGGUUGUCGGACUUUGUGGAUAAGAAGACGCAGGAUUUGUGGAAGAGUAUGAUUCCCAUGGGUAGAGAUGGCGAGGCGAAGGAGUUGAAGGGCGCGUAUGUGUAUUUGGUUUCGGAUGCUAGUACCUAUACGACUGGUACAGAUAUCAUCAUUGAUGGAGGUUAUUGUGUGCGAUAA